AUGGCCCUCAGCAUACUGCAAGCCAACGUCAAUCACUCUGCCAGAGCCCAGGAUCUUCUGCUCCAGAGCGUGGCGGAGUGGUUGAUUGAUGUCGCGAUGGUCUCGGAGCCAUACUCGGUCCCUCCUCGGGAGAACUGGGUCGGAGACCGGACUGGCAUGGCGGCGCUGGUCUCACGGACUGGGGCAGGGUUGCCUCCAUUCGAGCACAUUGUGCGAGGUGGGGGCUAUGCUGCCGCGGUCCUAGGCGACGUUACACUGGUCAGUGUAUACUUCUCGCCAAACCGCAGCCUGUCCGACUUCGAGCAGUUCCUGCUCGAGGUCGGUGUGCUUGUGGGGCAGAGACGCACUGUCCGUGUGAUAGUUGCUGGCGACCUGAACGCCAAGUCAAUGGCUUGGGGCUGCCCGGCGACCGACGGUCGAGGCGAGGCAGUGGAGGAGUGGGCGUUGACUGCCGGAUUGACCGUUGUCAACCGUGGAUCGGUGAACACGUGCGUGCGGCAACAGGGUGGCUCUAUCGUGGACGUUACGUUCGCGGACGCUGCCCUGGCGCGCUGUGUUCAUAGCUGGGAAGUGCAGGAGGACGUGGAGACACUGUCGGACCACUUGUACAUCCGAUUCAGUGUGUCCACGCUUCCUGGUACCCCGACGAGCCCGAUCCGACCCCUGGAAGGCACCGGUCCCAAGUGGGCAAUAAAGCGCCUCGAUUAUGACGCGCUGGAGGAGGCGGUCAUCGUAGAGGCGUGGCUUCAUCCUGGAGUCUCUCAGAUGUGA